ACUGAGACAAGAGCAAGCGGACAUGGAAGUGUGGUGAAAAGAGGGUAAAGGAGCAGCCAGAAAGAAGGAGGAAAAAGAAGAGGAAACAGGAAAGAGAAGCAGGACAGAAGUGGUACAAGAGGAAAGAAUCAAGAGGAGAAAUUAUCCUUAAUGUCUCCUUCCCUCAAUUUAUGUAUGCAGCGCAUUUCACAAUAAUGUAUCUUCACUGGAAGCUGUGUUUGUGACUCUGUGGACUGUAAACAGAUAAGAGGGAGCUCUCUGUCUGUGCCUUCUGCAGCUGCAGCAGAUGUUGAAGCCAUCUCUGACUUUAUAGGGAGCGAAGGCAUUUCAAGCAUAGAUUGGACUGGAAUUUCUUUAAACAAAGUCAUUUCUUUCUUUUUUCCCCUUUCUGUGCCUUCAGCUGGGAAGUUUGCUUUACUGGAAAAAAAAGAAGAAGAGGAUUACACACAUUUCUUUUUGUGUGUUAAUCUGUUUGCAGGUGUGUGUAUCCUGGUGGUUUUGUAUAUUUGUGUAAAACUACACCACCCCACACCGAGGACAAACCCAGGCUGCUUCCUCACCUUUCUCCGUCCUUUCCAUCCCUCCUGCAUUUGAAAUGGCAGAUGGUGGCAGUCUCAUCAUGGAGCCGCAGCACGGAGCUUUUCGUUUGGACUGAAACCACACAGCUAGUCUCACAACCAGCCACCUACCUGACAAAAUAGUCCUUGGGUUCACCGUACCCUUGAAGGGCCCCUCAGACACGUAUUCCUGCCCGAGAUGAUGAAUUCCUCCUUGGAUCCACUGAACCAGAGCUCUGCUGACCCGUCAAACUUCUCUGCUCCCUUUUGCCUGCUUGAGAUAGGCUAUUCCCAGAUUUUCAGCACCUGCCUCCUUGAGGUCUCUAUCAUACUUCUCCUCACUGUUCUCAUUAUUUCUGGUAACCUCGUGGUGAUUUUCGUGUUUCACUGUGCUCCUUUGCUUAGCCAGCACACCACUAGUGCUUUCAUCCAGACUAUGGCAUAUGCUGAUCUGCUGGUGGGGGUCAGCUGCCUCUUCCCUUCCCUGUCCCUCCUCCAUCACCUCCAGGGCCUCGACCCCAAACUCACCUGCCAGGUGUUCGGGUACAUGGUAUCUGUUUUGAAGUCAGUUUCAAUGGCAUCGUUAGCAUGUGUGAGUGUGGACCGCUACAUCGCCAUCACACGACCAUUGACUUAUGCGUCCUUAGUAACACCCUGUCGAGUGCGCUGCUGCAUUGCUCUAAUAUGGUUGUACUCUGCUCUGGUGUUUCUACCAUCUUUCCUUGGAUGGGGGAAACCUGGUUACCACGGUGAUGUGGUAGAGUGGUGCGCAGUUGAGUGGAGGACUCGUCCGGCUUUCACAACCUUUAUCGUUGCGCUGCUCUAUGCCCCAGCUGCGCUCACCGUCUGCUUCACCUACGCCAAUAUCUUCAAGAUCUGCCGACAGCACACCCGGGAGAUCAGUGAGCGCCACGCGCGUUACCGACCCCAACAGCUGCAGGGUCCAGGAAUGACAGUGGGAUCUAUGGUCAAGGACAACAGUGCGGUAGAGCAAGGACAGUUGCCCCACUUGUCUCAACAAAAACCUCUACACCACCAACCACAGUAUCAGCAGCCCACAUCAACAUACCCAGACAAACGUUAUGCUAUGGUAUUGUUCCGCAUUACCAGCGUGUUUUAUAUCCUCUGGUUGCCCUACAUCCUCUACUUUCUGUUGGAAAGUGGAGGGAUCUAUCACCACCCAGCAGCGUCGUUUCUCACCACAUGGCUGGCCAUCAGCAACAGCUUCUGUAACUGUCUCAUCUACAGCCUCUCCAACUCUGCCUUCAGGAAGGGCCUCAAACGCCUCUGCUCUUUCUGUUUACAGCGCAGUGGCAGUGGCUUUGGGGUUAGGAACACCAAAAAAGCUUUCCUUGGUUCUGUUGAAAAGGGAUGUGCAGGGCCAGGGUAUGGAUAUGGCCAUGGGGAAAUAGGAAUUGGCACCACAUGUCAUGUGUAGUACACACACCCUUGUGCCAAAUUGGCAUUUGAACUUUUGAAAAGAUGCCUGAUGCCUGAUUGCAGUAAAAUGUCUCCUCUGUAAGAUUAAAUGUUCUGUAAAGUGAUGGAAGGAGGCGUCGAUCUGCCACUGCUGUUUCUGUCGCAUUUGGAGGUUACACAGGCGUCCUCUCUGCACAUGCCACAGCUGGCAAAGACAGAGGAAAGGAGUCAAGAGCGAAGCACUGAAGGAUAAAAAAGGCCUGAAUAGCCCUAGAAGGUGUUUUAAAAUGGUCAGGAAACCCAGCCUAUUGUGUAUGGACAGCGGUGAGGGAUGGAAGGGGGGUUCAAAGCAGAAAAAGGUGUCUGAAAAUCCUUGGAGAAGUGAACUCUUUUGAGGUUGUAGAUUUUUAUCUUAUCAGUUUUCUUUAACGGGAAGCGAAUCCUUAACUUAUUUUGCCAAAAUAACAAAAUCUAAGAAUUGAGUACAGUCAUGAAGAAAACUGUUACGAAAAGCUGUAAGUGCAGUAUGUGAAACAAUGUGACCUUUGUUUGUUGCCAGAUUAUCAGCACAGUAUGUGUUGAAUGCAAAAAAGAAGAAAUGAAUACAGUUGACUGCUGUGUUUUUGUAAUGUAGUUCAGAGGUGAACUGCCAAUAGCAAGCUCUUUAAGUAUGUGUCAUGUGCUCUAACCCCAUCUGUAUUUACAUACUAAAAGUGAUGCAAUAGUAUGUGUGUAUUGUGUAUCUGUUGUGUCUUUUAGUAUAUUAAAUGACUGAAUGAUUUGACUGAUUGAUUGAGCUUACUCAGUGAAAAGGAAAUGAUGUAGGUUUAGACCUAAUUUGUCAUUUUAUAGUUUCUUUGCAUAGACUGAACUGAUUAUUGCUUGUCUGCACAAGACAUCUAUAGAUGAACUUUGAAUUUUAGAUUAUUUAUUGAUCCAAGUUGUUGUAUAAGACAUAAAGUCAGUGGGUUUAAUCAUUGAGCCCGCUGUUUGUAAUAUAUGCCAUGAGAUGCUUUGGUGUACGACUGUUAACCUGACAAAAAGCCACAAUUAUUUUUAAUCAAUUUCUCUUGUAAUGAAUUUUUGUCACUUUCGUUGCACCUUUAUUGUUUGGAUUAUGUAACUGAACUUAUUCCAUAACUGUCCAAGGCAAAGCGAGACCAAGACAGGAUGUAUUUUUAGAUGUUAUUGUACACUGAUUGUUGGUACAUCAUUGGGUUGAUUUUUUUUUUUUGACUAAAGGUAAAAAUGUUAAACAAUUAGAUGAAUGACCCUUUAACUGUGACCCUUGCACCUUGUCUUUGCGAUUGGCUGACAGCAAACAUCUAAUGAGAAGCUGUAAAUGUGUGAUUGUGGAAAUUUCACAUUUACAUGUUCUUGCAAGUAAUUAUUGUGUUACUUACAAACUAGUAAAACCUACUAGUGUAUGCUGUAUUGUGUAUUAUUCUGCCUGCAUUCGGGGACUAGGGCAUGCACAGAGCUGCAGACACACAAACACACACACACCAUCACGGGAGGACCACACGUAAACAGAACAGACAAAUAGCCCAUUCUCUCUGCCAGCAGGCUAACCUCUGUGUGGCACCAUGAAGCGAUUUUGACCCCUCAACUCCCCAGGCGUUACUUUUGCUUGUGUGUGUGUGUGUGUGUGUGUGCGCACGUCUAUGUGCAUGCACAUUUUGUAGUCUGUUUCCAUCGUCUUGUCCCCAUGUGUCUCUUUGUGGGUCCUUUUCACUCAAACUUGAUAUUUAAUAGAAACUAAUCAAGACCAAUAAUAAGCCGAAUGGAUCCAAGUGUACAUACUGUGUCAUAAACUCAGAGGUUGUUAAUAAUGAUCUAUAUUCUGAUCCACAGAGACUCAUGCUACUGGGACUCAGUUUAUUUAGGUGCAGAUACUCUAGCUUUAUAUACCUAAUCUAAUGUACCAAAGAAAGUUCAACAGAUAUUCUCGGUUUAUGAUAUUUUUUUCUAAAUAUCUAAUAUAUGAAGAUUUAGUAAUAUGCAAGUGGGUUUUACACAAAGUUUGUGUUGGUCCACUGCACUGUGUUGGCUCAGUGAUGCCUAGUGUGCAUGAAUAUGACUGUUUCUAAGUAUACAGCGAUAUAUUGUUGCCUUGAUACACAAAUGAAAAUGAUCAGUCAGGAAAGUAUUUUCCUCUAACAAUUAGGGAGGGCUCUGUUUAUAGACAUGCAACUGUUUUUAGAGAGAACUGGCAAUUGUAUGCAUGUGCAGAGAUGAAAAUAUACAUCAGCCAGCCUUGGGCGAUUGAUUCCACAUUCAGCGAGGAAUAACCCAAACCCCAUUUUGUGUGUAUUUUAAGUAAUUCAAAAAUGUAACUGUUAAUUCCGCUCAUACAAUUCAUACUUUGCAAUCCUUGUUCCUCUGUUAUGUAAGAGUGAAAAUAAGGAGGAGCGAAACACAUGACUCAAAGCUGUUAUUCCUUUUGCAUGUAUUUGUUUGAGUGUGUACAUUUGCAAAUGUUUGCUCACAUAUGAUAAUUGGUGUGUAUGAGUGUGUGCAGGUAUGUUCGGAUUUGACCGCUUACUGAAUUGGACUGUUUAGCGUGUUCUAGCAAGGGUGCUAACAAAGUUAUCACCUUUCAUUGCUUUAUUAGCGUGACAUCACUUCCCUUGAGUAUAUUGUGUUUUUGUGAGUGUGAGUAUGGUGUACAUUGGUGGUAGAUAGAUUCACAUGUUGUCUUUUAAAUAUUUUGUCUGUCAUUUGUGAAGCAUUGCCAAAUAUUUCUUCUUUUGUUCCACUCUCUGAACAAUUGUCAGUGUAGAGAAAUGGCGUAUUGAAUGUCUGAUUGUCAAACUACACAAAUUUAUUUUUGUAAAUUUACUCAGUUUCUGUCUAUUCUCUUGUGAAAUGAUAAAUGAGUAGGUUUAGCAGCAUGCUUACCUAUUGAAAUGAUUGAAGUUGUCUUUAUGAAAAUGCAUUUUUCAUUUGACAGUUUUUAUUGAGGUGUUUCUACUGUAAACAAUUUUUUUAAGCUUGGAAAGAGUGAUGACUUUGAAUUUGAGGUUUAAAGUUCUCCACUAAAACCCCACUAACAAGAUAUUAUUUCCCAGUUAAUGAUACAAUUCCUCAGAUUUGUCAGAUUUAGUGCAAAGUGUUUUGGGACAUUUAUAUGUCAUUUAAAUUAUAUGGAAAUAUUAGGUGGUGGGUUGCUGCUACUUCAAAGAGGUUUAAAUGCACCACCACUCGACUAGACUGUGACUACCCAGAUGUGUAUCUGUCUUGGGAUCAAGCAGAGACCUUAUGUAGCUAAUUAAGUCACAUACUGUAUAUGUGGCUCGGUAUAAAUAAGUGUAUUAACUGUUACAGGAUUUUAUCCAGAUACAGAAAACAUGAAAUUGGGGCCUUAGUUAAAAAAUGACCUAUAAAAUCCAUAUUGACGCAGGAGAAUUUUUAUCUUGAACAUAUUGCUUUCUCACUGAAGAAAAACAGUUUUUUAAUCAACAACAAAAUUAUUUCAUAUCACCUGGAUACUGGUUGGCCAUUAUACCUUAGAGUAGAGAGUGUACAGUACACAGAAUAGACAGUACAACCUCAGUCUAAUAGUGCACUUUAACACACAAACACACACACACAUACAUGCAGUGGUAUUCUCUUUAUCUGUCUUUGAAUCUGUAUUGGAUCUU